CAUUUUAGCUAGUCGAUCAGUAACUGCAUUCGCAGAUCUUCGAACCCACCAAAAAUCGACAGCUUCAAAUCCUUUGAGCCAAUAUGACGCUAAAGGUCAAAAUAUUAUGACCCUAAAUGUCAGAAAUUGACCCCAUAAGUCAUAAGUUAACCGACACCAAAGCUGAUAUUCGUUAGAGUUUAGACUCUCCUUUUCUUAAUGAUCGUUAGUUUUAGUUGGGAACUCUUGGGCUAUCGGUUAAAAUUAAAUAAUUGUGGUCCUCUUGGCCCAUUAGUGCUGUCCAAACUGGCCCAAUAUGACCCAGUGGAUGGUCCCAACAAACGCCGCGACAAAACUCCGUCGCUGGCUGAGGCAAUGUUCACCGGUGGUGGUAGCUUUUCUUCUACUCCGACCCGGCUGAAAAUGCAAAUCCCUAACCCUAGACACGGCCAUGGUUUAUAAACCUCAUCAAUUUCUUCUACUUAUCUCUUCUCAAAGCUAAACCCUCCAAGAUAUUCCUCUAUUAGGUGCAAAAAUCAGGUAAAUCUCUAUCUGUCCGAUUUGAAACCCUAGAUCUGCCUUUCUUCUCUCUUCUUUUGCUUUUCUGGGUUUUGCUCAAAGAUGGGUGACAGCGAAGAUGAAACAGGAUACCCAAAAAAGUUUUACUCUUUGAAUCGGCAAAACCAUCCAAUGUAUAGUAGACCAAUACCUAAGCGUCACGCGUAUUACAAUGAAGAAGAAGACGAAGAUGAAGUCGAAGGAGAAGAGGAAGAUCCACAAGGAGGAUACAUUCGUGGAAAUGAGAGGUUUCAGAAGAGACAGAAACCAAACAAAGUAGUUUCUGGGUUUGAAUUUGCUGGUCCUAGUGAUGCUAAAGUUGCGUAUGAUUGGAGAGAGCAAGAAGCUUUUGUGUUGCUUGAAGUUUGGGGAGAUAGGUUUUUGCAAUUGGGUAGAAGGAGUUUGAGGAACGAGGAUUGGAAUGAAGUAGCUGAGAAAGUGAGUGAGGAGCUAAGGAUGGAGAAAUCUGAGACGCAAUGUAGGAGAAUGAUUGAUGACUUGAAGAGGAAGUAUAGAAAAGAGAAGAUUAAGGUUGAGAAAUCAGGUUUAGGUUCAAGUAAAUGGUCGUUUUUCAAUAAGUUGGAUAUGUUGCUUUGUGUUUCGCCCAAGUCGGAUUUAGGUUUAGCUUGUGGUGUUGAUUCAGGUGAGUUUGUGUUUAUGAACACUAAGGUUUAUUUAGAUAAGUCUAAUGGGUUUGAUGAGAUGAUGGAUAGUCCUGGUGAUUCUGAAGAGGAGGAGGAUGAGGAUGAUGAGGUUGAGUACGAGAGGAAGAAGGUUAAUGACGCUGCUUCGUAUAAGAUGUUGGCGGAUUCUGUUGAGAGGUUUGGGAAGGUUUAUGAGAAGAUGGAGAAGAGUAAGAAAGAGCAAAUGAAGGAGUUGGAGAAGAUGAGAGCUGAUUUUCAGAGAGAUUUGGAGUUGCAGAAGAAGCAGAUUGUUGAUAGAGCUCAGAGUGAGAUUGCUAGGUUACGUGAAGAGGAGGAGAAUCAUCAUGGUGGUGGUGAUGAUGAUGAGAGUGAAGAUGAAGAAAUGGAGAAUGAUUCUGAUGUUAAUCUCAGUGAUGAGUAAGUUAUAAACUAUGUAGGUUUGUGUUGUUUGUAGAUGCAACAAAAUAUGUUCUGUUUUUUUUUUUGGUUUUAGGGAAUUCAGAACUUAAGUCUUAUAAGUUUUGUAAUUUGUGUUUGGUCUUUGCAACUUUAGUCGAGGUUAUUUGCAGUUUAUCUUGAAACUUAAAUUAAUGCAUAAACAUAUUUCCUUCUUAAUAUACU